AUGACCUUCAUUUACGAUUAUGCAGCAAAUCAGAAACUUAUUUAUCUCGACGGUGUUUUUGAAGGCUUUCAGACUUCAAAGGGAGCUCUUGAAGCAAAUUCAACAUUUAUGACUUUUGGCUGCCGGACGACUAACGGAGGUACUGCCUAUACAAAUUUCUUUACCGGUUAUAUAGAUCAAGUGCUAUACAAUUCUCGGGUGAAAAAUGCCAGUGAAGUUCUCGACGAUGCUACAUUAGUAAUUCACUUUUGGUUUCUUUCAACUGCACCUUUGACUGACUCGGGACCUAACCAUAUCAAUGGAAAUUGGGGUGGUGGUGCUGUAUCAACUCCAUCAGGCAUUGUUGAUCAAGGAAUAGAUUUGACUGUGAAUGGGUCCUAUUUUCUAGUCGCAGGGCUUGUUCUUCUAGGAACCAAUUAUAAGCCAUUUUCACUCUCGUUCUGGUUUCAAACAACUCUAUUCAACGUGAAUACUACCAUUGCCCAUUCGUUGGUCUAA